GUUAGUGAAUAUUCAGAAUGUUUACGUUCUUCAGAUGGUUACAUAAGUGGAUUUUCAGUAUUAGAACAUUUAGGCCUGGAUGAAUUGCCUUGGUAUGCUAAUUUAAUAGUAUUAUUUGGAAUUUUAAUUAUAGUCAGAGUUUUAGCAUACUUUA